AUGGCAGCAGACAACCACACAGCCGUAGUGGAGUUCAUCCUGCAGGGCAUCUCAGAAGACCCCCAGGUCCGGGUACUGCUCUCAGCCCCUUUUCUCCUCCUCUACCUGAUGGCCCUUACAGGAAAUGGCCUCAUCAUCAUAGCCAUCAGCCUGAGCCCAGGCCUGCACACUCCCAUGUACUUCUUCCUUGCCAACCUGGCCUUUUUGGACAUUGUCUGCACAUCCACUGUUCUCCCCAAGCUGCUGGAGGGCCUGGUGGUUGGGGUGGACACCAUCUCCUAUGGGGGCUGUCUGACCCAGCUAUUCUUCCUGACGUGGUCCCUGGGGGCUGAGCUGCUGCUCCUUACAGCCAUGGCCUUUGACCGCUAUGUGGCCAUCUGUCGGCCACUGCACUACAGUGCAAUCAUGAGCAGGCCACUGUGUACACUGCUGGCCAUGACUGUCUGGAUAGUCAGUGCUCUCAACACAUCUGUGCACACAGGCCUAAUGACACGGCUGAACUUCUGUGGCCCCAACCACAUCGGGCAAUUUCUGUGUGAGAUCCCCUCAUUGCUGCUGCUGUCCUGCAGCCCCACAACCCUCAACAGUGUCGUGGUAGUCAUUGCUGAUGUCUACUUUGGUGUGGUCAAUUUUGUGUUCACCCUGGCCUCCUAUGGCUGCAUUGUGACCAGUGUCCUGCGUAUUCGCUCGGCAGCAGGCAAGCGCCGUGCCUUCUCUACCUGCUCCUCCCACCUCCUGGUGGUCACCUUGUACUACUCCAGCGUCAUCUACACCUACAUCCUUCCAGUCUCAGGUGGCUCCAUGGAGAAGGGCAAGGUUGUCGCUGUGCUGUACACAGCAGUCAGCCCUGCCCUGAACCCUCUCAUUUACACCCUGCGGAACAAGGACGUGAAAGCGGCCCUCUGGAAAGUGACCCCCACCUUCCGAUGA